CCACCAUUUUGCUUUGUUUACCGUGCUAACUGUGUGUUCGCGUAUUGAGUGGCCGAUCAAAAUAAAAUUUUGGAGGAUAUGGACCUCUGUGGUAGGAUUUUUCCAGUGUUUUUGACUGAAGUGGUUGAGUGUGAAGGUUUUUGGCCGAAUUGAACGAUAGUUUUGGAGAACCCAAGCCAACGCAUGAGGUCAAAACAUCGUUGCAGUAUUCCGAAAUAAGGCCCGCCACCAUUAGCCGCAGCGAAGUCCAUAUUGCUCUUCAGUUUUCCACUCCUUCAACGUUAAGGGUGCCAUGGCUUGGUUAGACAGCCCGACACGUCGAAGGAGCUAACAGUUGCAACGAUGACAAGCUCGAAUAAACAGUGAUCUUCCUAUUACGAACACCAACCAGAUUAAGACAAGCGAUAAAUGAAUCGACUAGUGUAAAACUGAACAGUGCCGCCAUUCGAAUAGACACCAUGAAGUACGUCUUCCUCAUCAUUGCCAUCGUGCUAGUUACGAACGCCCUCGCGUCAUCGAUAAUAACGCAUCUGGACCCGUUGGACCAAGAGGGAAAAUGCGAACCGAUCACGAUCCCGAUGUGCCUCGGUAUCGGCUACAAUUCCACCAGGAUGCCCAACGAACUCAACCACGAAUCUCAAGACGAAGCCGGGUUGGAGGUGCACCAGUUUUGGCCCCUGGUGCAGAUCAAGUGUUCGCCCGAGUUGAAGUUCUUUUUGUGCUCUAUGUACGCUCCGAUCUGCCUGCCGGCCUACCAAAAACCCCUUCCGCCUUGCCGGGGCCUGUGCCAGAGAGCGCGCGAAGGCUGCGAGCCGAUAAUGCUCCGCUACAACUUCAAAUGGCCUGAGAGGAUGGAUUGCGAUCUGUUCCCCGUGUACGGUGCUUCGCCUGACGUCUUAUGCAUGGACCAGAACAACGCCAGUAGCUCCACCACUUCAAAACCGCCGUCGAAAGGGAAAAAUUCCAAAUCUUGUAAGGGUUCAAAAAACUGCACAAGUCCCCACGGAGACGCAAAAAGAAGCGGAAGGGAGUGCAAGUGCCAUUGCCAAAAUCCGCUCGUUCUCCUGGGGAGAGAAUCAACCUCUCUAAACAGAAGCGUCGCAGGCAUCGCAAAUUGUGCCCACCCGUGCAAGGAGACCUACUUCAAAGCGGACGAGAAGGAGUUCGCGACACUAUGGAUAACACUAUGGUCAGCAUUAUGCGCAGCUUCAACCUUAAUGACACUAACCACAUUCUGCAUCGAAACGGAACGUUUCAAAUACCCUGAGAGGCCUAUAGUGUUUUUAUCGGCCUGUUACUUCCUAGUCUCUAUCGGUUACCUCAUAAGAGUUUGGUUGGGACACGAAGCUGUGGCCUGUGACGGACCCAUCAUCAAGUACAAUCUCAACGGUCCCAGUGCAUGUUUCUCCGUUUUCUUUCUGGUGUACUUCUGUGGAAUGGCCUCGUCUAUCUGGUGGGUAGUCCUGUCAUUCACGUGGUUCCUAGCAGCUGGAUUGAAAUGGGGAAAUGAAGCCAUAGCGAGCUACUCCGUUUAUUUCCAUUUCUUCGCAUGGUUCAUACCAUCCCUGCAGACCAUCGCGGUUUUACUAUCCAGUGCCGUGGACGGCGAUCCGGUUUCUGGGAUCUGUUACGUCGGAAACAUGAACAUGGAAAACCUCAGGACUUUCGUACUCGCGCCUCUCCUGGUCUAUCUCCUCCUCGGUACCAGCUUCCUAUUGGCGGGUUUCGUGUCGCUGUUCAGGAUCCGAAACGUGAUCAAGAAGCAAGGCGGUGUUGGAGCCAACUGCAAGACCGACAAACUGGAGAAACUGAUGAUCCGUAUCGGGAUAUUCAGCGUGCUGUACACUGUUCCGGCAACAAUAGUGAUCGGUUGUUACCUAUACGAAAACGCUUUUCACGAGGAAUGGCUGAAAUCGCUCGCUUGCACCUGCCCAAACACUAGUAUUAUGACUUACAGGGAGAAACCCCUGUAUUCGGUUCUGAUGCUCAAAUACUUCAUGACGCUAGCUGUAGGGAUAACGUCGGGAGUGUGGAUAUGGUCGGGUAAGACCCUGGACUCGUGGCGACGAUUCUGGAGACGAAUGUUCGGCAAACCCGAUUUCACCGGUGCUAACGCUGUGCUGAUCAAGAACCGACCGGGUAAACCGCCCCCGCAGUAUUUGGUGGCGGGACCGGGUAGUGCGUCGUUACUUGGUCCUGCCGGCAGCGUGGCGUCCGCCAGCCAGCACCAUCUUCACCAUCACGUUCUCAAGCAACCCCCAUUAAGUCACGUAUGACAAGCAGGCGAGGGGACCAACGCAGUUUUAGUUUCUCACGCUCCACAAGGAUCGGGACCGUCGCUGAGUAACUAUGGACCCAUUUGAGUGACCGCUUUGGUCCCUCGCCACUCGGUCACAGCGCUCUAGUCUUUUCCACGUGCCAUCUAACUUUCCUCUGCCGAUGGACACUUUAUUUUGUACAGGUGCAACUAUUUUUUUGUAUUAUAUACAUAUUAUAUUUAUUUUUGUGAACUUGCUAAAGGCGAAGUUUCCUUAUUCAAUGUGAUUCUUUAAUUUUAUACAUGAUUCCACCACAUACAGACCAGUGAAGUUGGUUGUUACGAACCAACCUCAACCUUGUUAAAAGUUUUCUGGUCUUAUAUGCAUUGAACUUAAUCUACUCAUUUUCUGCUUGAAAUUUUUUCAUGCGAAAAAAUUUAUAUAGCGGCGGGGAUACUCUCGAAAAAUUUGUCGUAUAUUCAACUAGGAUUUCAUGUUAAUCGUAAGAAUAUUGUCGAAUUAAGACUUGAUGACGUACCAGGCAUAAUUGUAAAUUUCACAUGGCUAAUAAUAAAAUCCACUGUAAACGGACACCUCUUGUAAUAAUAAAAUGGGAGGAAGAACUUUUCACGGAAAUACGUACAUAUUCAGUUUCAGUCAUUAAACUUUUAACAGUCAGUGUUGCAGUUUGGAACGUAAAACAUAAAUCUCGACACAAGGUUCAAAAUAAACAAUGACUUGGUAAACUCCACAUGUGAUUUAUGAGGUAAAACUCGACUAUUUGUUUGUUGAUGUAUUCGGUUGAAAUUAAUCAACUUGUAACUUAUUACUGCCUUCGAGUGGAAGUAUAAUUUUAUUCUUCCACAAAUACCGUUUUAUAAACGUAGCGUUUAAUCUUGCGAAAUCAGCACGAAAUUGAACACACUCAAAGUGAGAUUUAUAUACGUAAUUAGAUUAAUUUGAAAAAUGUAACGUUGGUGAAAUUGAAUGCUUGAUAAUAUUUCAAUAAAAUUCCAGAGCUUUCAAACGCUAUGUUUCAGAAUGAGGCCAAAAAAAACGCGAUAGAACAAAAUUAUCUAUUAUCGAAACACUUAAGAAAAUCAAGCCAUAAGCAGUGCCAUAAAUUCAUACAAUCUGAAAUAUCGGGACCAUGUAAAAUAUUUUAUUGAAAUAUUAAAGGUACGAUUUUGUAUAAUUCAUUGUGAAUAUUUGUACAAUAUUUGAUAUAAGUAUUCCCGUAGUAUCGUAAACGAAAUUUUUUGUAAUAAGAAUACAUAAUCUUUUGUACUUACAACUUUAUCGACCUGUAAAUAUUAAAUAUACGUGUAUGUAAUAGUAACUGAAGCUGCUGUAGUCGAUGUGUAUCGAGCGAUAAAUUUUAUUAUUCUCGACCUGUAUCAAUGAAUACCAAGGCUUUAUUAAUUCACAAUAUGAUAGAACAUAUCAAAUAUGGAAUCAUCCAGAAAUUGUAUCCUAUUUGAUUCAUUUGAUUGUUGAUUUGUAAGUACUAUUUAUUUGUUUUGGAGGCCACGAAAUUCGAUAGGCCAAUCUCGAAAAAAUACUCUUUUUUGGUAAUACUGAAAUAUAAAGUUGUAUGUUUAACGUUUUGUGAUGAUAGUUUUGUCCCUUAUUUGAAAUUUUAAUGGUUUAGGUGACGAAGCACAAAAUUAUAUUUCUGUAUAUUUACUUUUUUACAUUUGUACAGUGAAUCAUUUUUAUUUAUAUGAAUGAGUGUAAAAACCUUAAGCUAAGUAAUUGUCUGUAUGCUUCGAAAUGUAUACGAUUCUGAAUAUAUUUUAUUGUUCAAAA